GUGGAAAUUUCAGAAGAUGUAUAUAUACCUACGAAAAACUUUAUUAUUAUCAGUACCACAGUCUCACGAUGUACGCAUUUUUUGCCUUCGUAGUCGCUUGUUUAGCAGUAGCCGUUCAUGGCUAUCCAAGCAGUCACAUUGUUGGCGGAGAAGAUGCUCCGGCCGGCAAGUAUCCGUAUCAAGUGUCAUUAAGAUUGUUUGGAUCUCAUAUGUGCGGUGGAUCUAUCAUUGGCAGUCGUACUGUUCUCACUGCCGCUCAUUGUUUAGCAGAUAUGGUCAACAAUCCCGUGAAUUUGAGGAGCUUAACUAUCCAUGCAGGCACAAAUCUUUUAAGUGAAUCUGGUGUCGUUUACACAGCAAGCAAAGCUAUCAUUCACGAGGAUUACAGUCCUACUUUGCUAGUCAAUGAUGUUGGUUUACUUAUUCUGUCAACUACUGUAGAAUUUAAACCAUUAGUACAGCCUAUAUCACUUGCACACGAUGAUGUUGCUCCUGCUGGUUCUUCCUGCACUUUAACUGGAUGGGGAACAACUUCGCUUGGUGGUAUUGUUCCUGAUAAGUUGCAACAAAUUGAAUUAAACGUUUAUGAUCAAGAUAAAUGCAAACAAACGCAUUCGAAUUUACAACCCUCUCACAUUUGUACGCUAACAAAAGCAGGCGAAGGCGCAUGUCACGGUGAUUCCGGUGGUGCUCUUGUUGCCAAAGGUGUUCAGAUCGGUAUUGUCUCCUUUGGUGUACCAUGCGCUCGCGGAGCUCCUGAUGUAUAUACUAGAGUGUCUGCUUUCACAGAAUGGCUCAAUCAACAUGUUAUAACUUAUGAAUUAUCUUCACUUCAGUCAGUGUCUAUAAAUCUAAAAUCAAAGAUGCAUGCAUUCAUUUCCCUUCUAUUCGUUACUCUAAUAUACGUCGUACAAGGGGCCCCAUCUCCUCGUAUUGUCGGGGGCAAGGAUGCUCCUAUUGGCAAAUAUCCAUAUCAAGUAUCAUUUCGAUUUUUCGAUUCACAUACGUGCGGUGGUUCUAUCAUAGAUAAAAAUAAUGUUCUCACCGCAGCACAUUGUGUGGAUGGAAUGGAAAGUCUAUUACCAUAUGCAUCGAUCCAUGUCGGCACAAAUUAUUUGAAUCAAUCAGGAGAUACUUAUGCAGUAAAAAAUGUUACUGUUAACAAAAAUUACAACAGUGAUUUGAUCAUUAAUGACAUUGCUCUACUUCAUCUUGCAACUCCUAUUAAAUAUAAUACAGUAGUGCAGCCGAUAAAGCUUGCGACAAGUGAUAAAAAUCUUGAAGGCAAACCUUGUACGUUAUCUGGAUGGGGAACUACUAGGCUGGGUGGCAGUCUCCCGAAUAAUCUGCAAGAAAUUGACUUAAUAAUUUAUCCUCAACAGCAAUGUAAAUCCAAACAUUCAAAUUUGAUAUAUAGCCAUAUUUGUACUUUGACUAAAACAGGAGAAGGAGCGUGCCAUGGUGAUUCUGGUGGUCCUUUAGUAGCCAAUGGAAGUCAGGUUGGAAUUGUUUCUUUUGGUUAUCCGUGUGCAGUUGGAUAUCCAGAUGUAUACACGAGAGUGAGCAGUUAUAUAUCUUGGAUAAAUGAGAAUUUGAAGAAAUAGAAAAUUAUUUAAUACUUAAAAAAUUUAAUACAUAUUUGUCUAUUAAAA